AUGUCUUGGUUUCUUACAAUCUUGUUUCUCAUUAUCACAUUUGCUACUAAUUUUUCAGAAGCAAAACAUGCCAACAAGAAGCUUCAUUCUUCACCUGCUGUAGUUGGCACUGUCUUCUGUGACACAUGUUUUCAACAAACUUUCUCUCAAGAAAGUCACUUCAUUUCAGGUGCAUCAAUAGCUGUUGAAUGCAAACUAGGAAAAACAAAACAAAGAUUCUACAAAGAAGUGAAAACAAAUGAACAAGGAGAAUUCAAAGUGAAACUUCCUUUCUUAGUGAGAAAAAAUGUGAAGAGAAUCAAAGGGUGUAAUUUCAAGUUGUUAAGUAGCAAUGAACCAAGUUGUGCUAUUGCUUCAACUUCUACUUCAUUUUCACUAAGCCUUAAGAAAAAGUUGCAAGAUGAACACAUUUUUUCAGCUGGAUUUUUCUCAUUCAAGCCUAUAAAAAAGCCAAAAUUUUGUGACCAAAAUAGACAUAGUAUUCAAAACCCUAAGAAAAAUGAAGUUGAAGACUUUUUCUUUUUUCCUCCAAACCCUUUGAAUCCACCUUUGGUUCCUAAUCCAUUUCAACCACCUUUGAUUCCUAACCCUUUUACACCACCACCAUUGAUUCCUAAUCCUUUUCAACCACCAAGUCCACCAUUGAUUCCUAAUCCAUUUCAACCACCAAGUCCACCAUUUUUGCCUAAUCCAUUUCAACCACCAAGUCCACCACCAUUUUUGCCUAAUCCAUUUCAACCUCCUCCAUCAAGUCCUCCACCACUCAUUCCAAAUCCAUUUCAGCCUCCACCAUCAAGUCCACCACCUUUCUCUCUUUUUCCACCAAUAGUAGUACCAGGUAUCACUCCAUCACCACCGCCGCCGCCACCACCCAAAUCAAUUUUACCAUUUCCUUUACCUCCACUAUUUCCACCUCCUCAUACCCCUGGCUCACCCCCUACUUCCUCAACAAAAUCUUCUCCUUAA